AUGGACGCCACUGCUGUUUGCCCCGUCCCUGCUAUUGACUGGCGCGCUGUUCCUCAAGAGGAGAUUACCCACUUGGCGCACCAGGGCAUGGUUGCGCCUGAUGUUUCCGCCGACCACCACAUCCGCAACGAGAACGAGAUGCGCCGUCGCCGCCGCCGCCACCUCCGCCGCAUGGCGCGGGAGGCCAACGCGGAGCUCGCGCGCGCCGUGGCGGAGUGGCGCAGGCAGAGCUUCCGCCACCCGGAAUCGCAAGCUGUGGUGGUGCUGGCGGCGGAGACUGCGCGCAGCCGCGACUGGACUGUGGAAGAUCAUAGGCGCAGCUUCAGCUGUGGCGAUCUGGGCGAGUAUGGGCCGCCAGACGCCAGCCAUGUCCCAAACGGCCGCGGAAAUAAGUCAGGCGGGACAGGAGUGAACAGAGAUGGCGCUUCGCCGCGGAGGAGCGAACGGACGUCAUGUUCCCCUUCAGGUGCCUCAGGUGUCCCACCAGGUGCCUCAGCGGGUUCCUCAGGAGGUGCACCUACAGGUGCUCCCUCACGUCCCUCCUCGUCUGCUGCCUUGUGCAAGCCGGGGCAUCGGCGUGGGGUGAGCGUGAACGCGCUUCCCGAGCUCUGCCCCUACCCCCCUGUGGACUGGCGCUGGGUACCCUCUCCUGAACCUUCUGCCGCCUCACACUGUGCUGCUGCUGCCGAAUGCUGCCCUGAUGCCCCUGGUAGCUUCUGCACAGCGUCUCCCAGCGGCGCCACCUCCCCGGCGUUCCCUCCCCUCUCACCCUCCUCUCUCGUUUCCUCUCCCUCUCAGCUACUCUCGAGAUUUUUCGCCGCGUCCCCAAACAGCAAUCACACCCACCGGGUGCAGAAACCUAGCCAGGGUGCUCUUGGAAAUUACAGCGACACAUCAGCAGCAGCAGCCUGCCGCUCUCUUACAGCCAGCAGUGAGGCCAGCUCUGCUGCAGCAGUGGCGGCAGCAGGGGGGGAAGGAUUCGUGCAGCCUGUGACCAGUGGCGACUGCAAGACCGGUGAAGCUGGGAGGGGAGCUGGAGGGCAGGAGGCAGGUGCUAGAGGUGCAGGUGCCGUGGGAAAGAAGCAACGGAGCGGGGCGUUGCAUGGAGCAAAGGCUCAGUGGUUGCCGCCUGUCUCCGCUGCACUUCACAGAUGCUUUGCCUAA